GAAAGUUGUGGCUGGUGCAGUACCAGCUGCCUAGACCCGAGCACGGCUGCCGCUACUUUUGGUCUAUGUCCUGCUUUUGCAGGUUACAGCCGGCGGAUGUGAGCAAGGCCGCAAAACGGUCAUGGACCGAGAUGGGCAAGAAGAUCCUGGAGUCCGAGCAGCACUUUCUCUGGCCUCUGGGCAGCCAGGAGAAGUCGUCUUCGCCGGAUUCCAGGGUACACCAGGUGGCGGGCUCCACUCAGAUGAUGCUGCUGGUGCUGUUGAGUUCUGCUGUGUCAGGAAAGACAGAGGAGCAAAGAAUUUCCUCCAGAGAUUAUUUGCAUAAGCUGCUGAAAUUCCUGUCGCCUUGGGCAUGCACGGUGUCGGUAGAGGGAGUGGACUUCGACUUCGCCUUGGAUGCAGAUGCCCUGGUCGACCUUCGGGAACUGCUUGGGUCUCAGUCAUGGCGGCAAUGCCUGGCAGGCAAGAGGAGCCCUUUCAAGAAGCAGUUCAAGGAAGAGAAACAAAGACUGUGCGAUGUUCUGAUUAGCCUUCGCCUUGUCGAAAGGCACCAUGACCUGCUGCGGCAGAUCCUUCUUGCCAUUGCUGCUGGGGUCGAGAUCGCCCUCGACUUCCUGCCAGACGCUUUUAUGCAGGACAAUGAGAUCGACGAACAGCAAUUGGAACAGGGCCUGGGCUCAAAGACCUCGAGGGACAUGGCACAGAGAGUCCGCAACGUCAGGUUUCUGCGCGGCCAGGAGCAGAUGAAGGCCAAGGUGAAAGUGUUGGUGACGAGAAAGGACAGGCACAGGGAAAGGGCAUUAUACUGGCAGGCAGCCCGACGCCAUCUGCAAAGCGCCAAGCGGCUCGGCGUGGCCUUCGAUGCCAGUCGCGUCGGGGGGCGAAAGCGGACCACUUACAUCUUGCAGCACCUGACCUCUGGGCAAGCGGUGCACCAAGACAGUGGUUACCGCUUGGCGGGUACAACCGCAGCCCCUGACGACGCAGUCGCCUUGGAUCGGGUCGCCUUGGCCUUCCUGCGUGGCGAGCAAAGCAGAGAAGCCAGUGACAGAACGAACGACAGCGACGUCGCCUUCAAGAAAUACAAAGGUCCACCUGAACGUGCUGCUGCCUACGACUCUUUGCUCGCCUUCGACCAUUGUCUUCGAAUCAUGCAUGAUGAUUCCGGCUUGCAGGCUUUCCUGCCAAAAGAAGGCGAAGGUCAGGAGGCAGAGGACUUGCGGCACAAACCCAUUCUUUCUAUCACAUCGGACCACGGCUCCGAGCAAGAGUCAGCCCGAUGGUUUCUUCUUUACGAACUCGGGUGUCGCGGGCUGUUUCUGUACGACGUGCGGCAUCAACUGCACAGGGAGUUUGAAAAUGCCACGAACCUUGCAGGCAUGCGAAGCAAGAUGAAAAUGGCACAAGCCAUACUUUCUUAUUGCAGGGGGCCCUACAAAGGCGCCAAGUGGUUUCGCGUCCUCCAAGAAGAGGCCUUCGACUUCGCGAAGACCCUGGCCUUGGCUCAGGACGGCGCUGGGGAGGUCCUGCUGAAAGCCAUCGCACCCCGGGUGGCCCGGGAGAAGGGCUUGAGUGCGGAAGAGUGCAGUCCGAAGGCUCUUCUCAAGAUGCUUGAGGAAGCUCGCUUCCUCCGGUCGUACACCGGCAGCGGCAACUUCUCACGCUGGGACGAGUUUCACUCCGCAUGGCGGAGCCGCCGAGACGAGAGCGGGCUGCUGCUGCUCAUGCAGUCUUACUGCCUGCGAGCUGGCAUUUUGAAAGGGUCGUCUUCGGGUGUCGACUUCGCCUUCGGUGUCGCGGAAGCGGCGGCCGCCGCCUCUGCAACGGCCAAGGCGGAGAAGGAAGGCUCCAAGACCAUGAAGGAAGCCAAGGCCGCGACCACUGCCUUGUACAACAGGUGCAAGAACAAGUUCCACGUGGUCUGUCUGCUUCUCAUGGACUUGGACCUCAUGACCGCCUUGAACAGCUGGCAUGCAAUCACUUUUCCUCUGUCCAGACAGUUGAACACUUUGCGUAAAGAAGUCAGGGGAAGGCAAGGCGCUUUGGCCAUGUGGCGUUCGUUCGCCUUGGGAGACUGGAUUUCCGUUGUCUCUGAAAUGCACGACGCCAUUUUCGAUGCCGAUCUUCAUCGUCGCCUUGGCCUUCUAACGCAUGAAGAUUGCGCCGGCUCCAUGUUCUACAACAAGUUGAGCGAGGAGCACCCCCUUGUCAGUCAACAGGACAUGCUUUUCGGCCAGCUCUGCGACAUGUUCUUCUGCGCAAGCUACCAGAAGUGCCUGACCAGCAUGGCCUUCUUCGACUUCCCGCACAAGCUCGUCUUGCUGACCGGCAACGACACGUCGGCCAUCCAAACAGUGUGCGUGGAACUCGAAGAUCAGGCAAAGGCUUUUGAGACUGCUCAAGGCAUUCGAACGAAGUGGUGCAAAUCUGCCUGCCAGACCUCCCCCAUGCAGCACCGGCUUGUGAAAGAUGUGCUCCAGGACAUUCGCCAGAACAAUGGCAGCGCCACACCGAUGCUGCGGACGGUCAUGACGGAUCUCUGGUCAAACUUAGCCUUUACCUUCAACGAAGAAGGAUUCCGUGCGAUGCGACAGCAUGAACAAGGCCAGAACUUGAGUCACGCAAUGCCGUCCAUAGAUGGCUGGGCGAAGCUAACAGGCGACAACAUCCUGGGGUCCUUCGGCUACCAAGAGAUCGAGCCGGAUGAUGCCGAGGUAGGGGAUUUGGAGAAUCAAUGUUCGCCCCUGAAGCAUUGA